AUGGAUCUCCGGUCUGUCCUCAACACGUCCGAUAAUAGCGACCGCGCUCCCCCGAGGCCACCGCCCGCCGCUCAGCAGCAGCAGCAGCAGCAGCAGCAGCAGCCUCGUCAUGCUCCCGGCCCGGCCCAGUAUGGACCAGGCGAGUAUUCGCACCAGCCGCCGCCUCAAGCACCGCCGGCCAAGCAGCCUGCGAUGCACGACUAUCCGCAUCCUCACCAGCAGCCUCACCCACCUCAGCAUGCUUACCCUCAGCCGCAACCUCACCAUUACCCCCAGCAACAGCUGCCACAACAACAACAGCAGCAGCAGCACCAUCAUCAACAGCAGCUGUUACAGCAGCAGCAGCAGGCACAUCAGCAACAGCAACGUGCGUCCAACGCCUAUCCGGCGACGUCACCCUUCCAAGCCCCGGGCCACUAUCAAUCCCAAUCCCGACCUACGCCUGUACCAGCGCCGCCGCCGCUCCAGCCGCCGAGUCAAUAUCAUGACCCUCGCUCGCCCGCCAGCUCGAGGUCGAACUCCGGGCCCGUGAUAGCCUCACCCUACCGGCCGUCACCGACCUCGUCCACGACGCCCGGAGGCAGUGCAGGCUAUCCGUUCCCUACGCAGCAGCCUCCAGACAUGGUCAGCCCAAUCCAACGGCAGUAUCCGAGCCAAUACCAGGACCCAAGACGAGAGAGCUAUCCGCAGCAGAGCCCCCAACUGGCUACGUACCCGCAGCAGCAGCAGAUGCGUCAGUAUAUGCCACCACAGCAGCAACAGCCACAGCCGCAGUCACAGCAAUUGCAGCAGCAACAGCAAAUGCAACAGCAAAUGCAACAACAGCAGCAACAACAACACGCCGUGCCUCCUCAACCGCAAGCAUCGCCACAGCACUAUGGGCCCUACGCACAGGGCAGCCCAGUCCCUGCAGCGCAGCCUCCACUUGCGGAUUACAGCCGCCACCCUUCCAAUUCGCAGCCGCCAACCCCUUUGGGCCCUCCUGGCAGUGCUAGCGGCGUGCGGCAGCCCUCGACAGCUUUUGCUCAACCGCCGAGCCCGUACCAGCAGCGCAUGUCUAUCCCGGCGCAGGCACAGGCUCCGCCUCAGCCUCUGGUUCAGGCACAAACUCAGCCGUCGCCAAAACCAGCGCCGCCGCCUGCAACCCCUGCCCAUCGCCUGUCCUCGCAGUCCUCCCACGGCUCCUCGCCCGUUGCAGAGCCCGCCCAGCGCCCACGAUCCCAACAAGGGCGAGAGCAGAGUCUGUCCGUUAGUCCCAAGACAAGGCUUGGCUCCAUCCCUAGCAAUCCCGACGCUACCCCGGCCUCGGCGGACCGAGCCGCGAGAUCUUCCCUGAGCGUCCACUCCAUGGCGAUCGAUUCAGACCGAGCGGUAACGCCCGCGAAGCGCAAGCUGGAGGAUCUUAACAUGAGCCCUGGCGAAUUGGAAUACAAGGAAACGAAGCCUCCUCCGGGCGAGGUCAAUGGCGGCUACGCAGACCGCAUCAAAAAGUCGGCGUCUCCUAUCAUGCCCAGAAAAAGGCGGGCAAGGCACUCCCAACCGCCAAUCUGGGCGCUGAGUGUUCACACUCUGGGUAGAAAGCUGCCAAGCAACGUCAAUUUCGUCCUCCAAAAGCGAAUCCACUCCCACAUAAACACUGCUCUCAAUGGCAAACACGAGCCCGCCGUCAAGGCAGAGCACCCGAGCCGCCAGCCCUCACCCGAAGCAAGGAGGAAUCAACACGCCCCCAGUGUUGAACCUGAACCCCAGGACAUAUUAGGUCCGUGGGAAGCCAGCAUCACCGGUGUUAAGCCCAUCGAGGAGCUGUCCAAGAGCGUGGCCGACUUCCUCUUCAUGAACGUCAUCAGCAACCAGGACAUACAGGAGAUUACGAGCAGGGGGAUACAGUUUGAGAUUGAAGCCAAGUUGGGCACGCUCAUCGACAAGGAUACCAACCAGCGCGUGGAUCGAUUCGUUACUACUGAAUGCAUCCUCGACGACAACGGGCGGGUUGCCUUCAGAAGUAGCAUGACAGAGGCACACCACAAAUCUUUCAACGACUUCCUCAACAACGUCGUCAUUCAGACAGACCCGCGGAACCCCAACGGCGGCGCUAAACGAGUCCCAGUCAUUUAUAAGCACAGACGGGAGAUUGACCGCUUCUAUGAUCUACCGCCAGAGAUGCAUGGCCAUCUCCCCGGAUGUGUACGGGCUCGUCUUGGCUCUCGCAGUCGAAAUGUUCGAGUGCGAGUAACAUAUGACCAAAAGACGAACCAGAUCUUGAACAAGAUCAUCAAGGCACGCGUAGCAGACAUUGACCUGCACAUGCCCAUGGCUCCGAUGGACUGCCGCAUAAGCAUCAACCUCGAAAUGAACUGGGAUGGAUCUGUGGAGGAGCUAGAGCAGCUGUCGGCAAACAAAUCCGAUCGACAACCCGAUCGUAACAAGGACCGCUUGAGUUACAAGCAAGGCCACUACCAGAUCGAUCUCACACAGGUUACUCACACCGUCAACGGCCCAGGAAAUACCCAACGUAUGGAUAAAGAGCACGAGCUCGAAAUCGAGUUGAAUCAUCUGGCACUCCUCGAACAGGGCCGAAGAGCCAUAAGCGGUGCCCCCCACAGAUACCAAGAGUUGGUGGAGGGGUUCGUGGACAACGUUCGAGUGUUGGCGCGGAAAGCCAAAGAGUUUGCUCCUAGACCAUGA